AUGAUGAAGCUCUUAAUCACAAGUUUAUGGAUCUUAUUAAUCCAAGUUGUCCUUAAUGAUGCUCAACAAGUCGAACUUUGUAAUGGCUAUCAAGAAUAUUGUGAACGUCAAUAUUCAAAUAUCACUUUUCUUGCUGCUCACGAUUCUCCAAAUGUUCAAGCUGGAAGUGUUGCAGCAAACCAAGCCCGUACAGUUAUCCAACAACUAAACGAUGGAGUAAGAAUGUUAACUGCUCAACUACAUAACCAAAAUGGAGUGAUUCAUCUAUGUCACACCACGUGUCUUUUGUUAGAUAAAGGUCCUUUAUUAGAUUACUUGAUUCAAAUCAAACAAUGGUUAGACCAAAACCCAAGACAAGUGAUAAGUUUUCUAUGGGUAAACAGUGAUAACUUUUCCCCUUUAGUAAUCAAAGAAGUUUACGCAACUUCAGGUUUAGAACCUUUAACUUAUUCACCUAAACAUUCUGGAUCGGUUAUGAAGGAUGAAUGGCCUACUUUAAAAGAAAUGAUUGAUGCUCGUACUAGGGUGGUUUCUUUUAUUGAUAAUUCUGCGGAUUUCGGUCUGGUUCCUUAUUUAAUUGAUGAGUUUAGUUCGAUUUGGGAAACACCUUAUGAUGAAACGAAUUCAAGUUUCCCAUGUACGAUCAACCGAAUCUCAAAAGACUUAAAAAACAUAACUCCAACUCCCAAGAUUAUGUAUGCAAUUAAUCAUUUCUUAGAUACUUCAAUCGAUUUAAUUGGUCAAGAAGUUUUAAUACCUAAUCUAAAUUCAUUGAAUUUAACUAAUUCUUACUUGUCUAUUUUUAAUCAAACUUUGAGUUGUUUUGAUUUGGUUAAUGAGUUACCUAAUUUUAUUUUACUUGAUUUUUAUGAUCAAGGUGAUCCAAUCCAAGAAACUUUUUUAAAACUUAAUCAAAUUCCAUUCCCACAAAUCAAUUCUAAUAACCUUUCUAAUUCUAAUAUUAAUUCUAAUCCAUUGAAAUCUAAUUCGAUUAAUCAAUCAAAUCAAAUCCAUCAAUUCUUUAAAUACAUUUCUUUGGUUUUCUAA